UCCUUUGCACACAUUGCAUGCAGGCACAAAAAUCUGUUCCAUUUCUGUUGCUCAUUAUUUUAUUAUAUUCAAUAACACAGUUGACAGUGGAGUGACUGAUACCUGAUGGUGAAUUGACGGUCAAAACCACAACCUGUGGAAUGCCAGCCAAGUUGAGCCACUCCCAUUCCGAUUUCAAAAGUUUCAAAGCCUCUGUUAUUAUACAGCGAAUCUUCCACUGGAUUUGAAAGCAUCACAAUGGCAGAACUUGUCUUUGAUACUCAAAAUACUUUAAAUUGCCCACGCUGUCAGAAUCUGCUUAAGAACCCAGUGACUACAACUUGUGGGCACAGUUUCUGCAUGGACUGUAUAAAGCGGUGCUGGGAUCAGGAUGCUUCUUUGAGACGAGCUUACAGCUGCCCUACAUGCAGGGCUACCUUCAACAAAAGACCAGCUCUCAGCAGAAGCACUGUCCUGGCUGAAAUUGUAGAGAGAAUAAACCAGGCAGUUCCAGCUGGGCCUGGAGAUGUGAAAUGUGAUGUAUGUAAAGGAAGAAAACUCAAAGCUAUCAAGUCUUGUCUGGUGUGUUUGGCUUCUUACUGUCAAAUUCACAUUCGGCCUCAUUAUGAGUCUGAAGCUUUCAAAAAGCACAAGCUGGUAAAUGCUUCUCCAAAUCUACAGCAGCAGAUCUGCCCUCAACAUCAUAAAGCACUGGAGAUUUUCUGUUAUAAUGACUGGAAGUGUAUUUGUGUGGCUUGUAUGGGGGAUCAGCACAGUGGACAUACAACAGUCUCAGCAGCAGCUGAAAUGGCUAUAAAACAGGAGGAACUGAAAAUACAAAACAGGGAUUUCACUCAGCAAAUCACUGACAUAGGCAAGAAUGUCCAGGCAUUUACGAAGGCUGUAGAUUCUCAUAAGCACUCUGCACAGGCAGCAGUGGAGCACAGUGACAGGAUCUUCACUGAGCUUAUCAGCUCUAUUCAGAAGAGACGAACCGAGGUGAGACAACUGAUCAGAGCUCAGGAAAAGAGGGAGACAGGAAAGAUUAAUGAACACAUACAGAAGCUGGAGCAGGAGAUCAGUAAUCUGGAAAAGGAGAAUGAUACACUGAAGCUGAUUUUACAUACAGAGGAUCACAUUCAUUUCUUCCAGAAUUACUCUUUUCUAUCUGGAUUGUAUUUGUGCACAACUUCGCCCAGAGAUGUUAAUGAUCUCCUGACAUUUGAGAACGUAGACAAAUCUGUCUCAGAGCUGAAAAACCAACUGGAUAAAGUCUGUGAAGAGCACAUGGACAAAAUAUCAAAGAAAGUUGCUGAUGUCCAACUUUUCAAACCCCCUUGGUUUCAAGACAAUGAUUUGUCAUCUUCAACUUCAGAAUCGGAUUCAGAAUCAGUAAUAGUUUCAUUGCGAGGAUCGUUAAAAAGGAGAAGGCUGAUAAAGAAUCCAGAGUGAUUUUCUGAGCCCUUUUCGUCACUCUGCUGUCAGAUAUAUACAGUUCUUGAAGGGUGGGCAGGGCAGCACCAAUUUCUUUCAGCAGUCCAAUCUAUCCUCUGCACUGUUAAAAAAAAAAAAAUGCUGGGUUAAAAACAACCCAAUUUGGGUCAUUUUUGCAACCCAGGGCUGGGUUAAAUGUUUGACCCAGCAUGUUGGGUUGCUUUUUUAUCAUUUAUUCACACGUUCACACUUACAUAUUAUAAACAGAGUUAAAGUUAUGUGUAUUUGGCAUGUUGUCCGAGGCAAGGGGUUCCGAGCUCUGAAUUUUGGCCUGAACCCAGAGUACCCCCCUUACAGGUUAGGAUAGGAAUAGUUGUAAAUGCAGAGAUAGGGUGGUGGAGGAAUGUUGGAAAACUGGCAAGAAACAGAGGUAGGUCUGCUGUGUAUACACCGCUUAUUUUGUUAAUUGUGUUGAUUACUGAUUGUGGUCCUCUUGUGUUAAUUAGGUUAAUUAUCUGAAUGUGCUCCUCCCGAACUUCGUUAAAGGGGUCAUAGGAUGCUAAUUUCACUUUUACAUGUAGUUUAAACAUAAAUGUGUGUUGGCAGUGUGUGUACAUAUCUACCCUAUAAUGAUAAAAAUCCACCCAGUGGUUUUUCUUUAAUCCCUAAAAAUAAUAUACCCUUUUUCAAACCAGGCCAUUCUCAGCUUUAUGUCUGUGUGACGUCACACGGACGAAGGCCACUCCCAUGACAGUUGAUUGACAGUACUGUCUUACCUUAGACCCGCCCUGAAUGAGCUGUAACAGUUUCACUGUUUCACCACCCGAGCAGAUGUAGACAAGAAUGGCUCCAUAGUGAUUGAGGUGUUCUGUUGUUGGGUGUAAUAAUGAACAUAGCAGUCGUCAUUUAUUCCCGAUGUCUGAGCAGCUGAAGAAAUGUGUUUGUGAAGGGAAUGUGCCCUCUAUCUACUUAAAUGUGUUUAUGUUUGCGCAAAUCAUUCGUGAUCCAGCUUCACUUACAGCAGAAGUGAGUAUAAGUUUUUUUUUUAAUGAAUCUUUGCGAUUGCUGUUCCUAAUUACGUGCUACUUAGCAAGUUUCACGGCUAAAGUAAACAGUGUCUCAGAGCAUGGUUCAUCACCCCACAGAAGAGAGGGGCGGGGUCAGCAGAGCUCAUUAACAUCUAAAGCAACAUGCAAAAGACAGGUUGAUUUCUGCAGAGCUGAUUUUGACAAGGUAAAUACAGUGUUGUUUUGCACUACCAUUGAGAACCAAAGUAGGUUAUAGACUUUUCAUUAGAAUCCCUAAAGAAUCGUAUCAACUUGUGGAAAAUGGGCAUCUGAUGACGCCUUUAAUAAAACAUCAUAAUUUACUACACUGCUAGGCUAAAAUGAAACCAAAUUAAGCUGGGCAUUAAACCUACAAAUCUUGUUCAUUUUAAAAUCACUUCUACUCAAACAGAAUGACUAUGAAAAUGUAAACAUUUAUUGAGAACUAAAACAAGAGAGAACAGUCAGAAGUAACAUGAAUGUGAGAAGAAAUGCAGAAAAGUAUGGCAAAUUAUAAGCUACAGAGUUUUUCAUAAACUAUUUUGGAAUGACAGUACACGAUUACACGACACUGAUAUUUGAACAUUCAACAUUAGCAUAUGUGUGAAAGAAUGUGAGCUUGUGUAGGAUUGAGUAAGUGUGAACUCCUCCUCCAUUGGAACAUUUUGUUUUUACAGAUUAUACACUUACAGUUUGUUUCAUAGUCCAUGAACACAUACAGAACAUGAAUCUUGCUCAUUUUCAUGAUCUCCUUUGGAUGACUGAUGUUUUUAUUCAGAAGCCCCAUCAGCACAGCAAAGGCAUGUGACAUCAUGUGACAUUAUCCAUGCAGGACUGCUUCCUCCAUUAAAACCACUGUUGCAUCAGUUUGGCGGUGAAGCCAUUCUCCUCUUUGACUAGCAUUCAUCCCAGCCGCCACCUGUUCUUCAUCAGUGGCCUGAAAAGAGAAAAAUGAAAUUCACAAAGCUCAACAAGUCUGAAAUUUUACAUGCAAAACAUUACUUGUAACAAGUAUUACUUCAACAGCAUAAAAAUUAUUAGUCUUUAUUACAUAAUGCCGUUUCCUUUGGGAAACUACAUUCAGCCAGGUUAAUCACGAAAAAGAAAUAAGAUGUACAUAUGUUGAUAACCCACUAUUAGCAUCUCAAAAAUGUAAAUAUUGUAAAAUCUUCCAUAAAUAGGCUACAACAUAACAAACUCACUAUGGUAAAAGUAUCUCUUCCGUUCAGUAAAAGAGGCCGUUAAGACUAUAUUUCUGAGGCGAAAACCAUGUCCACGUAUUUUUCAAUGUAAGCUCUUUUUGCACUUUUUCUUCCAUCUGAAGACGCUGAGAAAAUGGCGGAUUCUUAAACUGGUGUCAUCUGUUGUUGAUGUGACGUAUGUACUUGGUCCGUGUAAUGCUUCACAAUUACAUUAUCAGACCAUUUGGUCCAAAUGCAAAAAUAAAAAAAUAAAUCACACAAUAAUUUUUUUUCAGUUACUUCGUAAAUGAAUAAUUGCCAUUUUCUCUCCUUUUUUCAAUUUUACUUUUGCUAUGUAAAUUGUUACUUCAGAAAUGAUCAUUUGAAUAAAUAAAAUCCAAACGAUUUUCUAUUUUCCCAUUUUUUUUAUCUUACAAUUACUGUGGCCUGUACCAUUAGCAUGGGGGUAAUGUUACUAUUUACAUGGCUACUAUUACAGACAAGCAAAAUAUGAAAGUUAAGUGUCAGAAUAUGAAUGAAAUGCGCAAAGUUUCACGUGAAGCAAUUUCCUCCCAUAGAAAACUAUCUGCCAUACACACAUAACCACCAGAGAUUAAGGCUUUACAUAAAGCUUAUUCAUAAAUAUCAGCCUCGGAAAUCCAUCGACAUAUUUCCGGUUAAAGACAUUUAUAAUCAAAUGUAGCUUUUACCAAGAGAGAUGUAGAUGGAUUUCUAUAAGCAGUCUCAACCCAGCAUUUGGGUUGAAAAAUAACCCAGCAUUUUUUUUUUAAAGUGUGUAGUCUUCUAAUUCAGACAAUG